AUGCUAAGAAUUGGUUCCAGGACUCAAUUGACUAGAAGCUUGUUGAGGCUAGGUUUAGCCAGAUCAUUUGCGACUUGUUCAUACCACUUGCAGACGACGGCCCGGAUCGAUCCAAAUGCACCAAGCCAACCUUUUGGAAUAGACAAAACCAUCGAACAUAAUACUCGAUCUGAAACAAACAGACUUGCCAAGACCGGUAAACGAUUUUGGAACAGCAGCGGUGUUUUCUUCAACUCCAAGACCAAAAACUACGAAAUACAACUCGAUGGGAAAACUUUGCGCACGCCGCUUGGAUUCCCAUUGGCAUUGCCGGAAAGCAAGCAACAGUUGGCGUAUUUGGUAGCCCACGAGUGGACCAACUUGCCCAAUAUAUCCGUCAAAUCUAGCGCUUUGCCCUUGACUGAACUCGCUUCGCGGGCCAUCGACUUGGAUCGUAAAGACCAAGUGGCGGAAGCAGAGAGGGAAAAAGCGGAAAACGUGAUUGCGGUGGAAGACUUGAAAGUCGGCAUGCUCAGAUACUUGGAUACUGACACUUGCCUUAUUUUCGCUGGCAAAAAGGAUUGCGAUGGGAAAUUGAGAGUCAAACAGGAAGAAAUAUACCCACCUUUGAUCAAGGAGUGUGAAGAGUUUUUCACUACGUUUGGACGCAAAAACCAAAUUCUUGAGGAAUCUGAAGAAAUCACAUUGCGAAGCUUGGAUUGCGAAAAGGACGGCCUUAGAGGAAACACGCAGGAUCAUAAAACGCAAGAGCUUGUGCUACGCUGGUUAGACGAGUUGGACAUUUUUGAGUUGGUUGCAUUGGAAAAAACCGUUUUGACAACAAAGUCCUUCCUUUGCGGCGUGUCGCUUUUGCGGUCAAACGUGUCCGAUCCUGCACGGAUGCAAAGCGUGUUCCAAGUGAACAAAGACACGAGCGAUGCAUUCUGGUACAAGACUGUGCAAGAGAUCAUAGAGUUGGGCAAUCUAGAAACUAUCAUGCAAACUGGCGAGUGGGGGGAAGUUGAAGACACCCACGAUGUAGAACAACGCCACUGGUUGAGAAGCUUGGCGUCGGCAGCACUUGUCAGUCACUAG